AUGAGGAUGGUCGAAAAACUUACCGUGCUCCUCGUCGGUGCUGGCGGCCGUGAACACGCUAUUGCAUGGAAGCUCGCCCAGUCCGAGAAGGUCUCUCACAUCUAUGUUGCUCCUGGUAACGGUGGCACUUCCCUCGGAAGUAAAGUAACCAACGUUGCUAUUGGUGUCUGCGACUUUGCAAAGUUAACCGAAUUCGCUGUUAAGAACAAGGUUGAUCUUGUUAUUCCUGGUCCCGAACAGCCUUUGGUAGAAGGUAUUCAUACCGCAUUCAAGAAGGUUGGCAUUCCUUGUUUCGGUCCUUCAGCCAAGGCUGCCUUAAUGGAAGGCUCCAAGACCUUCUCCAAGGACUUUAUGAAGAAGCACAACAUUCCCACAGCUGCAUAUGAAAAUUUCACUGACUUUGAAAAGGCUGCUGCCUAUGUAAAGUCUGUUAAGCACAACGUUGUUCUCAAGGCUUCUGGUUUGGCUGGUGGUAAGGGUGUCCUUAUCCCUGCAAACAAGGAAGAAGCUCUUGCCGGCCUCAAGUCAAUUAUGGUUGACAAGGAGUUUGGUGCUGCUGGUAACGAGGUUGUGGUAGAAGAGUGUCUGGAGGGUGAAGAACUUUCGGUGUUGGCCUUCUCUGACGGCUACACUGUUAUUGCUCUUCCUCCUGCCCAGGAUCACAAGCGUGCCCUUGAUGGUGACAAGGGUCCCAACACUGGUGGUAUGGGCUGUUAUGCUCCCACUCCUAUUGGUACCAAGUCCCUUAUUGAUCAAAUCAAGCGUACCAUUCUCCAGCCCACCGUUGAUGGCAUGCGCAGAGAUGGCUUCCCAUUUGUCGGUAUGCUUUUCACUGGUAUUAUGUUGACUGCCUCUGGCCCCAAGGUCCUUGAGUACAAUGUCCGUUUUGGUGACCCUGAGACUGAGGUCGUCUUGCCUUUGUUGAGUGAUGAUACCGAUCUCGCUGAAGUUAUGAUGGCUUGUGUUGAGGGUCGUCUUGAUGCAGUUUCCAUUACUAUCAAGCAUGCAUUUGCUGCCACUGUUAUUAUUGCUGCUGGUGGUUAUCCUGGUAGCUAUCCCAAGGGUCAAGAGAUCAACAUUGGCACCCUCCCCAAGGAUGUCACCGUUUUCCAUGCUGGCACCGAAUCCAAGAACAAUAAGCUCUUCACUGCCGGUGGUCGCGUUCUUGCUGUGUCUGCUGUAUCCUCUAGCCUUAGCGAGGCUGUAGAUCUCGCCUAUGCAGGUGUCAACUCGAUCAAGUUUGACAAGAUGCACUAUCGCAAGGACAUCGCACACCGCGCCUUUGGUUACGCCGAUAAGUUGGCCAAGGAAGUCGGUCUGUCUUACGCUGCUGCUGGUGUAGACAUUGAUGCUGGUAACCUCUUGGUCCAGAAGAUCAAACCUUUAGUCAAGUCUACCAAGCGUGUUGGCGCUGAUUCGGAUAUCGGCGGCUUCGGCGGCCUCUUUGACCUCAAGGCUGCUGGUUUCCACGAUCCCAUCCUCGUUUCUGCUACUGACGGUAUCGGAACCAAGCUCAAGGUUGCCCAGAUUUGCAACAUUCACAACACCGUCGGUAUUGAUCUUGUGGCCAUGAACGUCAACGAUCUGAUUGUCCAGGGUGCCGAGCCCUUCUUCUUCUUGGAUUACUUCGCGUGCGGAAAACUCGAGGUGGAUGUUGCUACUGACUUUGUUGCUGGUGUUGUCGAGGGAUGUCUUCAAUCUGGCGCUGCAUUGGUCGGCGGUGAGACUGCUGAAAUGCCCGGUCUUUACGCUGUAGGCGAUUAUGAUGGCGCAGGUUUUACUGUUGGUGCUGUUGAGCGCAGUAAGAUCCUUCCUCGUAUGGAUACCAUCCGUGCCGGUGAUGUUGUUCUCGGCCUGGCUUCAUCUGGUGUUCACUCCAACGGUUUCUCUCUUGUACGUAAGAUUGUUGAUUCCCAGCCUGGUUUGACCUACCACUCCACCUGUCCCUGGGACAAGGCCAAGACUCUCGGUGAGGCUCUCUUGACUCCCACUCGUAUCUACGUUAAGCAAUUAUUACCAGUUGUACGCAACGAGCUCGUCAAGGCUAUGGCACAUAUCACUGGCGGCGGCUUCCUUGACAAUAUUCCCCGUGUCAUGCCCGAGGAUCUUGCUGUAGUAGUCGAUGCUGCUUCCUACGAACUUCCUCCUAUCUUCAAGUGGCUCAAGCAGGCCGGUAACCUCUCACCUUAUGAGAUGUCGCGUACUUUCAACUGCGGUAUUGGUAUGGUAAUUGUCGCCGACCGUGCCUCUGUGCCUGAGAUCACCCGCCUGUUGGAAGAAUCCAACGAGAAGGUUGUUGAGCUCGGUCGUGUUGUCACCAAGGCUGAGUUGGGUGGAAAGGAGGUUGAGGUCCGCAACACCGAGGGUUGGUAAAAAAAAAAAUACCAAAAAAAAGAUGAUGAUUAUAAAGAAGAGAUUAAUAUUUAUUCUUUGAGAUAUAAAGAUAAAUAAAUGUAAAUAGUAACAUAGAAAAAAAUAUAUAUACGACG